AUGGUUUCAUUCACUUUCGCCGCCGUCACUGCCGCAGUUGCUCUAUUUACUCAGACUGCCGUGGCCGUCCCUUCUCCAAGCGUUGAUGCCAAUGGCACUACGAGCUUGAGCGCCCCCAAGGUUAUCACUGGCACCUUCGAUGGUGGACUUGCCCGCUUUGAUCGUGGCAAGGGCGCUUGCUCUGGCCAGAAGGAGGGAGGUGACAAGGAUGCCGUAUUCCUGCUCGAAUCUGGUGCCACACUCAAGGCAAGGGCCCCUGCAACAUCUACAACCAACAUUGUUGGUGGUGGUGCCAAGGGUGCCGAGGACAAGGUCAUCCAACACAACGGCGGUGGAGCCGUCAACAUCGACUCGUACUGCGUCCAAGACUUUGGAAAGCUCUACCGCUCGUGCGGCAACUGCAAGACUCAAUACACUCGCAAAGUCAACAUUAGCAAUGUUAUCGCGAAGAAUGGCAAACUUCUUGCUGGUGUCAACUCAAACUACAAGGAUGUCGCGACUUUCUCCAAGCAAUGGGAAGGAACCCUCCAAACUGACCUCCAACCAGUACAAUUCCUUCUGCGUGAAGAAAGAUUAGACGACCUGUUGGAUGUUGAGCCGGACUAA